CUUACUUUCAACAACUCUGUGAUAUCCACGCACCAUACCAUUCUUUGAAGAGCCGAGGGAAUCUGAAUGUAACGUUUCAGCCAAGCAAUCGGCGAUCUCUAGUACUAAUCUAAGAGAAUCAUCCCUCUUCCGCUUACCCGCUGAGCUUCGCAAUGAGAUUUACAGCUAUGUAAAUGAAUCCGAAUGCUGGAGAGCUAACGUAUUGGGGAAUCGUAUGCGUCCGGGCAUGUUCGCACGCGCGAACACUUCGCAUCCACAGAACUUAGCGCUAGUGUGCCAUCGAUUGCGUGCCGAAACAACAUAUCUACCGUAUACUUUUACAUCGAGUUUUUAUGGCGGCAUGUUCUACUUCGACAAAUCUCGAGUAAAAGUAAUCCGUCUACGAAUGGAGCAACAGCGUGCGUGGAGAUGGAGGCAUUUUAGCUGUAAAGAUGCAAGGUUGAGGGAAAUCCAGUCAGUACACUACAACACUUGGCGCGCCCCACCAUAUCUUCAGACAUCAGAACGCCUGAUCAUCUGUAUUGAGAUGUCAAAGAUAGAUGAUGGUACACCCGCAAAUGGCAUAGACUCGACACCCGCCAAGACGGUGUUGCAGAAUGAUUGGGAAGAGAUGACAACGACCACCAUGCAUAGGCUUGGGCAGCGACCAGACAUCAAGGUUGUGUUCGAGUAUGAGUAUGUUUAAAGACGAGGUACAUGAAUUGAGGGACGUAGAAACUCUCACAUUAUUCUACGAAAGGAGGAAGUUCUUUCGAGCCUUUACAUCUGCGUUAUGUAUCGGACAUCGAAAUGCAAUAAGCUAUUUUUUUGCGCAUUCCAAUGCAAAUCAUUUCUUUGAUAGUAGAACAAGUUACUAA